AUGGAUUUCACAGCUGGUAUCGAGACUUAUUCAACAAUGGAUUUAUCAUCGACGACGACUACUAUGCGUCAACGAACAGAGAAAUUAUCUCAGCUAGAAACUAAUAAAUCAACUUCAAAUAUCAAUGAAAUACUUGAAGAAAAAGAACAUUUAUUAGCUCUUAAAAAGACUCAACAAAAGCUUAUACAUGAAGAAACAUCUAAAAUUGUUUUAUGGCGUCAACCAAUUAACACUAUUCAUUACUGUUUACUUGAACUAAUCUAUCUUAUUCAUCAUAAUUUUAAAUAUAUUAUCUCCUUUCGAAAGAGCUUAUGUAUAUCAAGUAUAUUAUUAUUAUCUUUCUUAUUUAUUUAUAAAACUGAAGGUUCACAUCAAAUACGUAUACAAGCAAUACAAAGUUUAUUUUUAUGGGCUUUAUAUUGGCUUGGUCUUGGUAUAGCGUCAUCAAUUGGAUUAGGAACAGGUUUACAUACAUUUCUACUUUAUCUUGGUCCAUUUAUUGCUCAAGUAACAUUAGCGGCAUAUGAAUGUGAUUCAAUAAAAUUUCCUCGUCCUCCAUAUCCACAUGAAAUUAUUUGUCCAUCAUCAUCAAAUGAAACAAAUCUAUUAGAAACAGGACCAAUAUCAUUUUGGAAUAUUUUAUGGAAAGUUAAAUUAGAAGCAUUCUUUUGGGGUUUAGGUACAGCAUUAGGUGAAUUACCACCUUAUUUUAUGGCACGUGCAGCACGUUUAAGUAAAAAUGAAACAACUGAUGAUGAAGAAUUAAUUGAAUUUCAACAAUUAUUACUUGAUGCUAAAUUAAAUAAAACACGUCAUUUAACAUUAUUUGAACGUUUACGUUAUUCAGUCUAUUGUCUUAUAGAACGUAUUGGUUUUUUUGGUAUAUUAUUAUGUGCAAGUAUACCAAAUCCAUUAUUUGAUUUAGCUGGAAUAACAUGUGGGUAUUUUUUAAUAUCAUUUUCAAGAUUCUUUUUUGCAACAAUUAUUGGCAAAGCAAUAAUUAAAAUGAGUAUACAAACAAUAUUUAUUAUAUUUUUAUUUAGUGAACAUCAUGUUGAACGUAUUAUACGUUGGAUGAAACAUAUACCAUAUUAUGGUCGUUUAUUACAAACACCAUUUAAAGAUUGGUUACAUGAACAAAAAGAUAAAAUGCAUCGAAAAUCAACUAAUAAUUUAACGGGUUCGAUAACAAAAGUAUCAAUGUUAUCAAGAAUAUUUGAUUUAUUUGUUGCGGCUAUGAUUGGAUAUUUUAUUAUAUCAAUUAUUAAUUCAUUAGCACAACGUUAUUAUAAACGAACACGUACGAUGCAAUGUAAAUAA